AUCCUCUUUUCAAGGCUGUCUCGUGGUUUCCUUUCAGUUUUUUUUCUCUCUGUAUGUUGCAGUAGCACUUCCGCUCAGAUUCGUAUUUAAGUUAACCAUCUUACACCAUAUGAGCUAAACACCCACAGCAUGAGGACGCCGCAGCUUUCACUCUUCUUUCUGCUGCUGGUGUGUCAAACUACAGAGAGUUUAACUGAUAAACAGGUGAAUUUAGGGCAAAACGUGACUUUAGACUGUCAGAUUGAUGUGAAAGAGAUUUAUUGGGUUUUCCAGAAACUGACGGAUUCUCCAGUGCUGAUACUGCGAACUUUCACAUCAGGAUCUCCAAUACCUCUUAUAUAUGAUGAAAGAUUCAAAGACAAAUAUUCAUCACUAACUUUGAGUUGGUUAUUUAUUAGUAAUGUCACUAUUGAUGAAUUAGGAAUAUAUUAUUGUGUAAAAACAACUGGCUCAGGCCCACAGCUCAGCAAUGGCACCAGACUUUACAUAAACAUUACUGAAUCUGCCCAAGAUCACAAUCAAACAGAAAACAAAAAUCAACCACAAUGUGAGAAAACACUCAAGAUUGACAACAGAUUGACCGUUACAUCCUUCCUAUUAAACAUUGUGCUAAUUAUUGCAACGACAGGUCUGUUAAUACACAAAUUUAAGAAAAGCACAAAAAGUCGACAAUAUCAUCAGAAUGUGGAGCCAGAGCAGCUGGAAGACUUUAACACCGCACAGUACUCUGAAAUCGAGUUGCCUACAUAUUCCAGAGAAGAAAAUCCCAAACAGAUCAACGGCACUUACGUGCUUCUUCAGAAGCCAAAGUCACAUCCAAGAGUUCAACACAACGUGAACCUACAAAGUUAUUGAGGUGGUUUGACACCUUCUCUGGGUGUUUCCUUUUUUGCAGUAUUAAGUAAAGGACAAUGUGUUUCCUGUGUCCAAUCACUGUUUGCAUUACAUCAUAUUAUUUACUUAUUUAUAAAAUGCAUAUUUUGCCGAAUGUUCCUACCAAGUAACCUUAGACAUGUUAACAGAUGAAUCUUUAUUGAUGAGAUUACACUUUACUAAUAGGGUUCAAGGCAUUAACAUGAAAUAACAAUAAACGACACUUGCAUUAA